CUUCGCUGUGCCCAGUCUGUCAUUUCAGUUCUCCGGCCUUUGCCAUGUUCUCUGUUCUCCUCCUCGCCUCGGCGCUGUUCAGUGGCGCAAUCGCCAAGUCAGCAUACGCACCUACGCCAGCAACAUGCCCUGCAUCACUUGUUCGAGUCGCGAAUGGACUUUUUAAAGACGAGAGUGCAUACCGAACUGCACGCAAGUUCUUGGCCGAUGAUGCUCUUCGGUCAUGGCUUGAGAAAACGAAUCCCGAGUUCGACACAACUGGUGACCUUCCAACAUUGGGUUUGUCCAUAAGUGGAGGAGCAUACCGUGCGCUUCUUACAGGAGCGGGUGUCAUCCAGGCCAUGGAUUCUAGAGACAGUUCCGUCAGUACCAGCGGUUUGUACCAAGCCAUCAGUUACACAUCGGCACUUUCUGGGGGCUCAUGGCUUCUCUCAUCGAUGGCCGAUCACGAUUUCCCCACCAUCAGCAGCCUCCUGUCAAACCAGUGGAGCUCAGCAUUCAACAAUGGACUUCUCGCCCCCAAUGGGAUUUUGACGCUUUUUGCCUACGCUCAAAUCCUGGGCGAUAUCAAGGAUAAGGAAUCGGCUGGGUUCACAUCGACCCUAACAGAUCUUUGGGCACGUCUUCUGAGCUACCAACUCCUGGAUGGCGGGAAAGGGGGUGUUGCCAGCACGCUUUCCGGAAUCCAGAAAAAGUCUAACUUCAUCUCCCACAACACUCCGUACCCGAUCAUCGCAGCUCUCAACACAGAUAUCAAGGACGAGGCAUGCGUACCGGACAAAAACGCGUCGGUUUGGGAGCUGACUCCAUUUGAGACUGGAUCCUGGGGCGCCGAUGUCAAUGCUUUCACACCAAGUAAAUACCUUGGGUCAUCGCCAAACGGAACGUGCUUUACCGGUUUCGACAAUCUCGGCUUCGUUCUUGGAACUUCCUCGCAUAUCUUCAAUGAUCUUGCUGAGAUCGUCACACCCCUCGCACCUACACUGGAUGCCUUCUGCACAGCAAGUCUAGGAAUAGCCUACCCAAGUGAUCUAGGAGAGGCCAUCAUCGCUUUGGAAACUCUUUUACCCAACUUGACGGAGAAUCUCGCUCAGGCUAUCGAUGCGUUUUAUGCGUUGUAUCCUAAUCCAUUUUACGGUCUAUCGUCCGCACCAGGAGUCUCAGACCAGAAAACAUUGCACAUGGUUGACGGAGGCGAAACCGGUCAAACAAGUCCUAUCUUCCCUCACCUCAUCCCCGCUCGAAACGUCAGCCUCCUCAUCGUCAACGACAACAAUGGAGAUGACGCCUCUCUCCCCGCAUACCCCAACGGAACAGCCAUUUACAACUCAUACCUUGCUGCUGUAUCUGCCGGCUUGACUCGCAUGCCCGUCGUACCUUCACCAGAAGUGAACUCCGCCAAAUAUGCUUCUGGAGAUCCCAUCUUCUUCGGAUGCAACGAUCCUGCUACUACGACUUUGGUUUGGGUUCCUAACCGGGCGGAUACGUAUGAGAGUGGGAUUGCGACGUUCACGAUGCAGACUUCGAAGGCUGUCACGGCGGCGAUUAUCGAGAAUGGAAAGGCGGUGAUGAGUCGGGAUAAUAGCAAGGAGUGGGCGCAGUGUCUGGGCUGUGCGAUUCUGGAUGCUGGAGCGCUUGACGUACCGGAGAGUUGUAAACCGUGCUUUGAGGAGUAUUGCUACCGUGUAUGAUGGAGAAUAUAAUAUUGUGUAAUGAAUGAUAUGAAUAAUUGAGCUGUC